AUAUGCUCCAAUACAUACGGAAAGCGUCACACGCCGUAAUCAUGAACAAGUGUCUCAUCGUUCUGGCAUUUCUCUGCCUCGCAAUUAAAGCAGGAUCUGCAUUAAAAUGCUAUCAGUGUGUAUCCUGCGGAGACCCAUUUUCGAGUGACCAAGGGACUGAAGUGGAUUGCUCGUCUGUAGUAGGUGGUUACUGCGCCAAGAUUGUCGUCGAUAAAGGAGACGUCUCAAGACUGUGCGCCCCACUUACUUUAGUCCCGACCAAAGCAGGCUUGAACGGAAGGGAACUCAAUGAUAUUGAAAUGCAUCUGUGUAACACUGGGGACUUCUGCAAUGGCUCCGGUCGUCUCUUUGACAUCUCCAAGAAGAUGAUGCUGCUUCCUGUAUUUCUCAUCUUGGUGAUUUCUAUGUUCUCAAGAUAAUAUCACCAGUUCAUGUUGCUUAAAAUUAGAAGAGAAUGGACAUUACUUUAAUAAAGGAACUCUCACCAUACUGCUGCAAUAAACAUUAAAAUAUCUCA